AUGAGACAGCCAGCAAGCUCCUCCUCUCAAGAGGCCUACGAACUGGCACGAGACUUUCAUGAGCAAAGCUUUGAAUACUCCAGAAGACCAGACCUCACCUCCCAGUACCCAAGAGUUUCCUUGGAGGAUCUCCAAAAGACUCAACUAUUGGGAAGUGGCGCGUUUGCUACGGUGGUUGCCGUUCGCGUGACUUCCGAAGCCUCCUUGGAGCAGACGCAGCAAAAACGAAGUCGUCAGGUGUCCAAUAUCUCCAGCUGCAGCACACAAAUAAUCGACUGUUCUGCAGACGAUGAACUAUUUGGUGAAGAAGACCAAGAACAACAGCAGCAAGACAGAUAUGCAUUGAAGCAACUCAAGUCCAGCCUUGAUCAGGAAGACUUGCACCGAGCAGUCGCAGAUUUAGUGACCGAAGCUCGGUUACUAGCGGAAAUCAAUCAUCCUCACAUCGUCCGACUCCGCGCUAUUUCCAGUGGACCCAAAUUUGAUAAGGGAUUUUUCAUUGUGAUUGAUCGCUUUCGUGCCACCCUUGUCAAGAGGAUUGAAGAAUGGAAGAUGGAAGAAAAACACAUUUCGGGAUUGAAGGGAAGAAUGCAUGACUGGAAUGGACACAGACGCACCGCUCUCUUUCAAGAACGUCUACGGGCGGCCCGUGAUUUGGGAUCCGCAUUGCAAUACCUUCAUGAAAACCGCAUUGUCUUUCGAGACCUCAAGGAAGAGAAUGUGGCCUUUGACAAGGAUGGACAAAUUCAACUCUUUGACUUUGGCCUUGCUAAGGAAUUGCCAAAAUUGAGACACAAGGACGACCUUUACAAUAUGACUCCCCACACUGGUACUUUGAAAUACAUGGCCCCGGAAGUGGCUUUGGGUCAACCCUACAACGAAUCUUGCGACGUCUACUCGUUUGCCAUUCUCUUGUGGGAGAUGCUUUCCCUCAAGAGAGCCUUUUCCGCUCAUACCAACAAGGAAAUUGAGGAAUCGGUGGUCCGACCUCCUUUUAAACGACCCACCCGUAAUCAAAGUUGGCCCCAAGAAUUGAGCUUUAUGAUGCACAAGGCCUGGUCGCCCCGCAUCUGCGAUAGACCCAGUUCCAAGGAAAUGGAACUCAUGCUCAUGGACUUGUGUUUGGAAGACAAUCUCCAAAACAAACGCCACUCGAUUGUGGUGCACAAGAGUCUUUCGAUUCGCAAAUCAAAGCUUCACCUCUUUCACCACAAACGUUCGGGACACUCGGACCAUCAUCAGCAUCCCCAUCAAGAUACAGAUGAUUGCUGCAGUUCAUCGAAUCAGGAUCACGAGAACGAGGACCCAUUAUUGUCCGUCAGCGUUCACUAG